UCUAGGGAAGAAACUCCAUAUUAUCUCUUUGAGAAAUACUUGCCUUCCUAAGAAACUUGGUGGUCGUGGGCUUCCUUUUAUUGCUAAUCUGAUUCAUGCUUACUCUUCUUCUCUAAUUUGGAGAUGUCUCUCUUAUUAUUCAUUUUUUGGCUACUAGAUGAAGAAUAUUUACUCUCCUUUCUGGAAACCUACUUAUGGGGGAACUUCUCAUUGGAAGUAGUUAUUCAAUGGGGUUGCUUUGAUUAAACCUAACAUAUCCUUUAAUACUGUUAAUGGAAAUAAGAUCUUCCAAUGGUGGGAUCCCUUGUGUGAUGGUAAAGCUUUAUCUGAGUUGCUUCCUAUAUCUACAUUUUUUCUACUGCCACCUUACUUUCCGCUCUUAUUUCUGACGGGGUUUAGUCUCCUUCUCAGCUGUUUCCCCUUCUAUUUAAACUCUAUUUAUGUCAUUAAUAUAUUGAGUGUUGAUGUUGAUAAGCAUAUGUGGUGUAAUAUGGAGUAUCCUUCCUUCAAAUACUUUCUUAAUGAUUUUUAUAAAAAAAUUUGCUGAGGUUUAUUGACAUAGAUUAAUAUGUCACAAAAGUUUUGCUUUAAGAUUCACUUUCUUUUAUUGUUUAACUGUGGUGGAUGGCCUCAAAAUGGAUGAUAAUCUUAUUUUGAGGGGUAUCUCAACUCAUCCCACUUGCCCUCUUUGCUUUAUUAAUGCUGAAUCCAUUUCUCACAUCUUUUUUUAAUGCAACUUUUCUUUUAAUAUUCUGAAGAUUCUCUUCCCUGGAGCUGCUUUGUUUUUGUUUAGACCCAAUAUCAGUCAAGUUUUUAUUUGCAUUAAUGGUGAGCCCUUGUUCUCUUUAGGCACAAAAAAUGUAUACUAUCUACUUAUUUGUGCAUUCAUUUACGUCAUCUGACGUGAACACAAUAAUAAAAUGUAUAGAAACUCUGAAUCUUGCAAAAAAUUAGUUUUCAUAUUGAUUAGAAAUGCUAUUAAAACCAAAAUUUGUAGAUGGAAAUAUUCAGUGAAGUUUAUUCAACUUAUUCUCUAAUUCCCUGUCGAUUAGGAUAUUUUUUCUUUUCUGGUUAGCUGGAAUUUGAGUUUUCUUCUAUUGUAGCUUGGGGCAUCUGCUCCUUUGGGCAUUUUGUUCUAUUUUUAUGGAUGGUGAUAUGGCCGCCUUCCUCCCUCAUCCUAGAUGGUCUUGGCAUUAUUUUGGCAACCGUGGAGGCACUCUUUCUUAAUUCUACUUCCUAGUUGGGAUUGGAGUUGAGUAAAAGUACCAACAUUUUGGACGGCAUGGCUAAUAAGUAAAUGAAGAUAUUUUAGCUUGAAUAAAAUGGCCGAAGGUAGGCGGCAUUCUGUAGAUAUCCCUCUAUCAAAAACUCUAGUGGCUCUCAAGAGGGUCCGGUCGCUGAGGGAUCCAUCUACUAAUUCGAUGAGAAAAUUUGCCACAGCCUUUGAUAAUGUGAACUGGGAGGUGAAUUCUUGUGUUGGUGCAUAUGAAGAUAUAGAAAAAUUUGAUAAAAGUCAGCCUCAUAACAGCUCUGAGUCUGAACAUAUUUCAAAAGUUGUUAACAAGAGGAAUGCUUCGUCCAGAAAAUCUUCAAUUAUUAGAAAUAAAGAUUUACACUCCAAACAAACUAUUAUGGUUCAUCAAUCCUGCAUGGAUGGUAAUAAAAAACCAUUAGAACAUGCAAUGGUUCAAGUAUCGACAAACCUGAUGAAAGAGGAAGUAGAUUCAUGUAGUGAAACAAAUGUGGAUGCAGCAAAGGCAAUUAGUAGCCUAGUAGCACAGAAGGCUGGGUGUGGUGGUUAUAGAAGAAUACCUAAAGUGAUGGAGGAUGUGGGUAUUAGCCGAGUGGGAAGCCCUUGCUUGUCAAUAAGUGAGCUCCAUACAAACUUAUCAAGUAAGAGCAACAUGGGGUUUUCCACUAUUGAUGAUGUUGCUGUUGUGAAUUCAAAUUAUAGUGGGUGUGGAAUUGGUUAUUGUUGGUCUAGAACACCAAAGCGUAAGGAUCCAACAGUUUCUUUUGAUGUUGAUGGCCAGGAGCUACCACUGCUAUCUGUUGAAUGGAAAGAUAGAGGCUAUAGUGACAUAGCUUUCAUGCCAAAGAAGACAAGGAGCUUAAGCCAAAAAUUUCGGCCAAGAUCUUUCAAUGAGUUGGUUGGAUUAAAUGUUGUUACUAAAUCCCUCACGCAUGCCAUAAUAACGAGAAAGGUUGCUUCAUUAUAUCUUUUUCAUGGCCCUCGAGGCACUGGUAAAACAUCUACUGCUAGGAUUUUUGCUGCUGCUUUGAAUUGUCUGUCCCUUGAGGACCAUAAACCAUGUGGCUCUUGCCAGGAAUGUGUGAUUUUAUUCUCUGGACGAAGUAGGGAUGUCAAGGAAUUAUGUGCUAUGAAACUAAAUCAUAAAGAUAGGAUAAAGGCAUUAUUAAAGAAUGCUUCUCGUGUUCCAUUUACAUCACGGUUUAGGGUAUACAUUAUUGAAGAAUGCCAUUUUCUACGAGGGGAGAUAUGGUCUGCUAUUUUGAAUAAUGUUGAAGAGUUUUCCAAGCAUGUUAUUUUUAUUAUGAUUACAUCUAAUGCUGAUAGUCUCCAACAAACUUCAAUAUCUCAGUGUCAGAGGUACCACUUUCCAAAAAUAAAGGAGGAUGAUAUUUUUUGCAGGUUGCAAAAAAUUUGUAUAGAGGAAGGCUUUGAAUUUGAUAAGAAUGCAUUGGCUUUUAUUUCUAGUAAAGCUAAUGGUUCCCUUCAAGAUGCAGAAACAAUGCUUGAUCAGUUAGCAUUGCUUGGGAAAAAAAUUACGAUAUCCUUGACACAUGAACUUAUAGGGGCUGUUUCUGAUGAAGAGUUGCUUGAUUUGCUUGAUCUGGCAUUAUCUGCAGAUACUAGUAACACUGUAAGAAGGGCUAGAGAUCUUAUGACUUCGAGGAUUGAUCCAAUGCAGCUGGUGUCACAACUUGCUAAUCUUAUUAUGGACAUUCUUUCUGUAAGACACCCAUCGGAAUUCACCAAUUAUGGCAGGAACUUUUUAGGAAAACAUGCUGUGGCUCAGGCUGGCAUUCAGAAACUUAGACAUGCAUUGAAAAUUCUUUCUGAAACUGAAAACCAACUUAAAACUUCAAAAAACCAGGCAACGUGGCUUACUGUGGCCCUUUUACAACUUGGUUCUCAAGAACCCUCUCUUAUCGAUGUGCAUGAAUCUAUGGAAUGCCCUCAAGUGACAUUGUUUAGAGAUCCUGAAGUGUUCGAUUCUUCCUCAGCAGGAGCAACUCAGGACUUCAUUUGUUAUGGGUGUAACAAGUUAAAAUGUUCUGGAAUAAAUUGCAACAGAGCAAAACUUGAAAACAUUUGGAGAAGAGUCAUGCCAGUAUUCCAGUCAGGUAAACUAAGGAGAUUUCUGCAGAAAGAAGGGAACUUAUCAGCUUUACAUUUCUGUGAAGGUCUCGCAAUUGCUACUAUUGAUUUUAAUCAUCCAGAUCAUGUUAGAAAGGCAGAGAAAGCAUUGAAUUCAAUUGCAAGUUCAUUUCAGAAUAUAUUGGGAUGUUAUGUAGAGAUAAGAAUAAAGCUUCUCCCCACUUGCUACAAAAAGAAAAGGAAAUCAUUUAGUUUUUUGAGCUGUUCUGGCAGAAACCAAGAAAUCUCAGAGGCAAGCAUCACCGAAAAAGUUACAAUUGAAACGCAGACACAAAGGGACUCAAUGUAUAAGAGAUGUCCCUCAAAUCAUGAUCCGAGUUUUUCACCUCAAAUCAAGCAGUUGGAAGAGACUACUCAAAGCAACAGUAGUAAGAUACCUAGUCUGUCUAUACAAGCACCAAAAAUAUGCAAUUCUGAAUCAAACUUUUCAGAAGUUGGAGAAGAGGUACCCUAUGUGGGCAUUGAGGAAGCUGAAAUUCCACCCACAUGUUUUUCCGGGAUCCUUGAGCGUCAAAAAAGAUUUCUUUCAUCUGGUGCUUCUCACAUUAUCUGUUUAAAGAUCUGUUCAGGUAGCAAAUCAGAAUUCUCUAGGACUAAGAAAGGAGUGGACAAAGCAUGCUUUUUAGCAUAUGAUCGUUGCAACUUAACGCCUGCAUCAAGUGCAUUAAUUGCUUACAAAUCUGGAGACAGAAUGACGAGAAAAUAUUCAAGGUUUAGUUCAAGAUUGCUUUGUUGGAAGGCUCCAAUUUUAUCCUCGAGGUUUUAUGGUUGCAAGUAAAAAAAUAUUUAUAUUUUCCUUCCAAAUGUAAAACCACCUUUUCAGCAAGAUUUGUAAAGCAAAUAUGCGCAUAGCUUUGCUUUAUCAUCUGGUGGAGAAUUACAGGUUACCCUUCAUUUGUAGUACGUUUUAUGAAUUGAUCAAUUAUAUGGGUAGAAUUCUAUUAUGACUUAUAUAUGAUAUUAGUGAUAGAUCGUUCUGGCUUGAAAUCGGAUAUGUUUUAUGGCCAUAGGGUGUUCAGCUAUAGAACAUAAUGUUACUGAAAUAUUUGUAUAAUGCACCAGACAAUGAUGAUUUGAUGACAUUGAGUAGCAAAGAGCUAUCAUGUAUUGUGUAGUAAUGAGACAUUUAUCUUUGACAAUAUUUUUUAUUUGACUGUUUUAUUACAGUGAUUAUAGCUUUUCCAUUA